CUGUCCCUGUCGGUUGCCCCUCACCAUCAUGCUGUAUUUCCAGCUGGUUAUCAUGGCUGGCACUGUCAUGUUGGCGUACUACUUCGAAUACACUGACACUUUCAACGUCCACGUCCAGGGUUUUUUCUGCCACGACAGGACCUACACCAAGCCUUACCCUGGACCAGAUGAAAGCAGUGCCAUCCCCCCGGCUCUCCUCUAUGCCCUGGUGGCUGGGCUGCCUCCUGUGAUGAUGCUCGCUGGCGAAGUGGCAGUCUUCUUCCUUCAAUCAGCUUCUAAAGAGUUUGGAAACCGUGAGAAGACCAUGGUUACUGGAGAUUGCUGUUACAUUAAUCCGUUGGUGCGCAGGACAUUUAGGUUCCUGGGAGUUUAUGCAUUUGGACUUUUUGCCACUGAUAUUUUUGUAAACGCUGGGCAAGUGGUGACAGGAAAUCUUGCUCCUCAUUUUCUUGCAGUUUGUAAACCCAAUUACACAGCUCUGGGAUGCCAGCAGAAUGCACAGUUCAUCAACAGUGAAGAAGCAUGCACCGGCAGCCUGGAACUCAUCAUCAAAGCCAGGAAAACUUUCCCAUCCAAAGAGGCAGCGUUAAGUGUGUAUGCAGCAGUAUAUCUGGCAAUGUAUAUCACAAGUACUGUGAAAGCCAAUGGGACAAGGCUAGCAAAGCCAGUCUUCUGUUUGGGCCUAAUGUGUUUGGCAUUUUUGACUGGAAUAAACAGGGUGGCGGAAUAUCGAAAUCACUGGUCAGAUGUUGUGGCAGGAUUCAUCAUAGGAACAGCCAUUGGAGUAUUUUUGGUUUCAUGUGUGGUACAUAACUUUAAAGGAAGACAUACAGUAAAUGAAAAACUGCAGACUGACCACCUGGCCAACAUGCCUUUGAUCACUCUACCACACGUGGAAAGUCCUUUAGGAAAAAUUAGUGCUGUACAGAAUCAUGCCAUCGCCUUUGCAGAAGUCACAUGAUCUUCAGCCAGAAGUCUGUUCGCCACGUUGGACAUCUUCACUCUUUACGGUUCAAUUGUCACAUUUGGGAUGAAAUCCAAGAGCCAAUUUCACUAAAUAAGGCAAAUUCACAGAACUGGUUGUUCCUUCACCACAUAACAGUGAUUUGAUUUUGAUGGUACACUGAACAU